AUGAACCGCUGUGGUCUGCUGACAGUCCAGAAGGAACCAGUUCCUCUGAAGAGCAUUGAAGUGGAGCUGGAGGUGAGGGACCAUGUGGCUACAGUGGUCUCCACUCUGCUCUACCAAAACAAGGAGGACAAACCACUAGAGGCUGUUUUUGUCUUCCCUCUGCCUGGAGAUGCUGCUGUCUGUCAUUUCAGUGCUAAGAUUGGACAGACACAGAUUGUAGCUGAGGUGAAGGAGAAACAGCAGGCUCGUGAGGAGUAUGAUGAUGCAUUGAGCUCCGGUCAGCAGGCCUUCUUAUUGGAGGAGAGUGAUCAGAGCCCAGAUAUAUUCUCUCUGAGUGUGGGCAGUCUGCCUCCAGGAGAGAGCGCCUCCAUCAGGCUGGAGUACGUCACUGAGCUGGCUGUGCAGGCUGAUGAUGGGCUGAGGUUUUGUCUGCCUGCUGUACUCAACCCUCGCUACCAACCUCAGGGAAGUGAAGGUGGCAGCCUCCAGGUGACGUCUGUUCCAGCCUCUCUGGUGCCCUACAGUCUGUCUUUCUCUGCCCAGGUGUCCUCUCCUCGUCCAGUCUCUAAAGUAGAGUCCAGCUGUUCCCUGGACCCUCUCCAGUACCUCAACACAGAGCAAACCCAGGCUACGGUCAAGUUGACUGCAGGACACAAGUUUGACAGGGAUAUUGAACUGUUGAUUUAUUACAAAGAUGCCCACCAGCCCACUGCUGUGGUGGAGGCAGGACAGACCUCUGCCAAGCCUGGCACUCUGAUGGGUGAUCCAGUGGUGAUGCUGAGCCUGUACCCUGAGUUCCCCCAGGCUGUGAUGUCUUCAGUGGACUCAUGUGGAGAGUUUGUGUUCUUAAUCGAUCGAUCAGGAAGUAUGAGUUGUCCAAUGGAUAACAGCAACCCACAACUGACUCGCAUUGGCAGUGCUAGGGAUACUCUACUGCUCCUGCUGAAGAGUUUACCAAUGGGCUGCUACUUCAACAUCUACAGUUUUGGGUCCAGAUAUGAGCACAUCUUCCCUAAGAGUGUGGAGUACAGUGAGAAGACUAUGGAAGAGGCUCUGAAGAAAGUUGAGAACAUGGGUGCUGAUCUGGGAGGAACAGAGAUCCUGCAGCCCCUAAAACACAUUUACAGUCAGCCCUGCAUUCCCAGUCAACCAAGACAACUGUUUGUCUUUACUGAUGGAGAGGUGGGGAACACCAAAGAAGUUAUAAAUCUGGUGAGGGAGAACUCAGGCUCCCACAGGUGUUUCUCUUUUGGGAUCGGGGAAGGGGCCAGCUCUGUUCUUAUCAAUGGUUUGGCCAAAGAAGGAGGAGGUCACGCUCAGUUCAUCACAGGAACUGACAGGAUGCAACCAAAAGUGAUGCAGUCGCUGCGAUUUUCCCUGCAGCCAACUGUGGUGGACAUCUCAGUCACAUGGAAUUUACCAAAGGGAGUGUCUGUCACUGUCCUCUCUCCACCAAUCACAACAAUUUUCCAGGGUCAAAGGUCAUUGAUUUAUGCCCAGCUCACUGGACAGAGUCCAGAGGCAGCAGAGGGCUGUGUGACGGUGAAGUACAGCCUGGCAGGUCAUCCAUCCCACAACCAGCUCCACUUCAGUCUCAAACCUGCAGAGGACACUGGACUAACAGUCCACAGGUUGGCUGCUCGGACUCUGAUUCGCUCCCUGGAGAUGGAGGAGAGAGAGCACAGAGGACAGCAAGAUGGAGGAGUGAAGAAGAAGGUGGUGGAGCUCAGUGUCCAAUCAGGAGUGAGCAGUUCCUUCACCGCCUUCAUUGCUGUCAAUAAAGGUUACGGCGAGGCCAUUCAAGGGCCUCUGUUGCACAGAAAUGUCCCAGCACCCGGAGUGAUAAAGAAAUGCUCAAGGAGGAUGGCUCAACGUAGCAUGCCCUUCCAACAGAGCAUGUUUGGUGCUUUACCCAAAAUGAAGUCCAUCAAAAACAGGAUGUUUGUUGCUGCACCCAAAAUGAAGGGCAUCAGACAGAGGGCUUUUCAACCAGCUAGAGGGAUUUGUGAACCUGACAAUGCAAUCGCCAGAUGUUUGACAGAUGAUAUUGACUACGGCACCGACGCCACCCUCCAUGCAUCAAGUGACUCUGGGGAAGAUGAUUAUGUAAACGAAAUGUCUGCUUGCUCAGUCAGUCAGCCUCACAGAGAUCCUUUGCUGCAGUUGGUGUCCCUCCAGAAGGCAUCUGGCUAUUGGGAAAUCCACCCAGCUUUGGCUGUUUUGCUGGGAAAGACCAGCGAGGAGGUGGAAAUGUCAAAGCCUGAAUCGGUGAAAGAGGAAGUUUGGGCCACCAUUCUGGCUCUAAUCUGGCUUCAUGGUUUCAAGUCGGAUGUUCAGGAUGAGUGGCAGCUUCUGGCUAUGAAGGCUGCGUCAUGGCUCCGUGCUCAGAAAGCACCAUGUGUGACAGAGUGUGUGGAAGCUGGAAAUGCACUUUUAGGCUGCAGUGUGCAGAAAAACGUGCUGGGGCUCUGAGGUUUCCAUUAAAGUGGGUUCUUCUUCAGGAUCAGUACAGAUUAAUUUACUCCAUUUUACAGCAUUUACUUCAUUAACAGCGAACCCUAAUAUCUACGCUGUGAUUAUUAAAUUCUUUAUUAUUGUUUUUUAUUUCCAUGUGGUGUUUUCCUUGUUCAGUGAUCUUCUAAAAUCAAUUUUGGGGUCAUCAUUGUAAAAAAUGUCAA